ACCCGGCCCCUUUAAUUAUUUUUAACAUAAAAUAUUUCAAACAUAGAGUAUAAAAUACAGUGCAGCCCAACACACCCACCAUCCAGGUUCAAAUGUUAUCAAUAACUUGCCACGUAUGUUUCAGCUAUUCCUAACUGCUUGGCUCUCUUUCCCCUUGGCUGAAUUGUUUUUAAACGAACUGCAGACCCCUUACAUAUGCUAGGAUGCAUCUCUAAAAAAUAUGGACAUCUUCUUCCAUAACCCUAAUGCCUAUAUCCCAUCAUUAGUGGUGAUUCCUUUUUUUUUUUUUAGAGAUGGGGGAGCUCACUGUGUUGACCAGACUGGUCUCGAACUCCUGGUCUCAAGCAAUCCUCCCAUCUUGGCCUCCCAAAGUGGUAGAAUUACAGGUGUGAGCCACUGCACCCCACCAUUAAUGGCGAUUCCUGAUGGACCUCUCAUGAACUUUGUUCUGGGUAAUGGGGAGACACAGAAAGGCUUUACAGGGUUGGGCCCUGUGUGCUCCAGGAAGAUGGAGGGCAGGGACUUGUGGGGAAUGGUGGGGGCGUGGAGACUAGAGCAGUGGGCUUAUAAUGAAUGAGCUUGGUCCAAGUGAGAGGUGACGGGCCGAUGCCUGGAGGUGGCAGGCUGGGUGGAGAGGAGGACAGGGACCAGUGGGAAGGACUUGAGGGGGAGCUGACCAGGCUGCCUCAAAAGGACCCCUGCCUGGAGGAUAUAGGAGGCUUUGGUGUGAGGCAGGGUAGCUGCCACUGUCUGUACCCACAGGUCCUGCAGGCAAGAGGGGGGGCCUUGUGCCAACGCUCCCCUUCCUGGGAGAGCAGGCUCAUUUGGAUCACCUUACCCUGGGGGGCACCUCUCUGAAGAGCCUUGGCAAAACCUGUCCUUUGUUAGGUUUCGUGGGCCAGAUGUACCCCUUCGUGACUCAGGGAUAUCAGCUGUCAAAGCUGGGGAAACCAACGCCCAGAGAAGGGGUGCAAGUUGCCUAAGGCCCCACAGGAGGUCAGAAGUAGAGCAGCUAGAAUUAGAACUUAGGUAUGUCUGUGACUUUCAGCCUAGGAUCACUCAUUAUCUAGAGCUUCCUCUUCUCUCCAAACCCUGCUCCCAGAAGAGGGGUGUCAUUAGCCAUUCAUGCCCAGGUGUGGAUAAGUUUAAAAAUCCCAGGGACGUCUGUACACUAAGCCUCCUUGCUAAUCACGGCCCAACUACAGAAUGCUAUUUAUGGAACAGCUACCACGUGCCACAAAUUGUGCUGGGAGCUUUCCAUCCCUCGCAUCCGAAAAAGCCCCCCCACAGGAGGCAGGCACUAUUAUCCCUACACUCUCUCAUCACAGAGACAAGCACACUACGAUGCAGGGAAGAUGCGGUUUGUUUAGGAUCCCAGGCGAGGGUGUGGUGGAGGCGGUGCCGCACCAAGUCUGUCUAACUGGAAAGUCCACACUCUCAAAUACGAGCCCCCGUGGCCUCUGAGGGACAGGGGUGGCUCCCCAGGAAUGGGCUGGUGGGAGCUCCCUGGCAUCCUCCCUUCCUCUGCCCCGACUCUGCAGCAACCAGAAGCCUCUCCGAGCACCAGACAGGCUCCAGACUGACCCUGACCUCGCGGCGGCCUUCUCCACGGGGCCGGCGCUUCCCAGGGCGGCUUACGCCUUCCGUGUCUGGGGCCAACCGCAGACCUUGCCUUCUGAUGCCGGUGGGAGUUCGGUGCUGCCGCCGGGAGCACCUCAGUCCCCCUGUCGGCUCUCCACCGCGGUCCAGGCGAAUGGCACCAUGUGGGGGGCCCCGAGCGGGUGCCUGCCCCCCUGGCAGCCUUUGCUGAGGGUCUGCUCAGGGCCCUGCCCAGGGCUCUGUCACUACGGCGCUCAGGACCGAGGGGGCGGCGCCUCUGGAUACGGGGCUGCAGGGAGAGACCUGGACCCUGGAGAUGGGGACCGGACCCUGCCCGGGGACGCUGGAGCUGGACCUCGAGGGAUGCUGGCGCAGAUGAUAUUAACCGUUUUCUUGAGCAACAAUGAACAGAUUUUAACAGAAGUUCCUAUAACACCAGAAACAACCUGUCGAGAUGUUGUAGAAUUUUGCAAGGAACCUGGAGAAGGCAGCUGCCAUUUAGCUGAAGUAUGGAGGGGAAAUGAACGUCCCAUACCCUUCGAUCAUAUGAUGUACGAACAUCUUCAGAAAUGGGGUCCACGGAGGGAAGAAGUGAAAUUUUUCCUUCGACACGAGGACUCUCCAACUGAGAACAGUGAACAAGGUGGCCGUCAGACCCAAGAGCAACGAACUCAGAGAAAUGUAACAAAUGUACCUGGAGAAAAACGCACUGAAAAUGGGGUUGGGAAUCCACGUGUUGAACUUACCCUCUCAGAGCUCCAAGAUAUGGCAGCUAGGCAACAGCAGCAGAUUGAAAAUCAGCAGCAGAUGUUGGUUGCCAAGGAACAGCGUUUACAUUUUCUAAAGCAACAGGAGCGCCGUCAGCAGCAGUCUAUUUCUGAAAAUGAAAAGCUUCAGAAAUUGAAAGAACGAGUUGAAGCCCAGGAGAACAAGCUGAAGAAAAUUCGUGCCAUGAGAGGACAAGUCGACUACAGCAAAAUCAUGAACGGCAAUCUGUCUGCUGAAAUAGAAAGGUUCAGUGCCAUGUUCCAGGAAAAGAAGCAGGAAGUACAGACUGCAAUUUUAAGGGUUGAUCAGCUUAGUCAGCAGUUGGAAGAUUUAAAGAAAGGAAAACUGAAUGGGUUCCAGUCUUAUAAUGGCAAAUUGACAGGACCAGCAGCGGUGGAGCUAAAAAGACUGUACCAAGAACUACAGAUUCGUAACCAGCUUAACCAGGAACAAAAUUCAAAACUUCAGCAGCAGAAGGAACUCUUAAAUAAGCGCAACAUGGAGGUGGCCAUGAUGGACAAGCGAAUCAGUGAACUGCGUGAACGUCUCUAUGGGAAAAAAAUUCAGCUGAACCGUGUGAAUGGCACGUCAUCACCACAGUCACCUCUGAGCACAUCCGGCAGGGUCGCUGCUGUGGGGCCUUAUAUCCAGGUUCCCAGUGCCGGAAGCUUUCCUGUCCUGGGGGACCCCAUAAAGCCCCAAUCUCUCAGUAUUGCCUCAAAUGCUGCUCAUGGAAGAUCCAAAUCCGCUAAUGAUGGAAACUGGCCAACAUUAAAACAGAAUUCUAGCUCUUCAGUGAAACCAGUGCAGGUGGCUGGUGCAGACUGGAAGGAUCCGAGCGUGGAGGGGUCUGUCAAGCAGGGCACCGUCUCCAGCCAGCCUGUGCCCUUCUCAGCACUGGGAGCCGCGGAGAAGCCGGGCGCCGAGAUGGGUAAAGUGCCACCUCCCAUCCCGGGUGUAGGCAAACAGCUGCCUCCAAGCUAUGGGACAUACCCAAGUCCCACGCCUCUGGGUCCUGGGUCGACAAGCUCCCUGGAAAGGAGGAAGGAAGGCAGCCUGCCCAGGCCCAAUGCAGGCCUGCCAAGUCGACAGAGGCCCACCCUGCUGCCCCCCACAGGCAGUGCCCCCCAGCCAGGCUCUUCACAACAGAUUCAGCAGAGGAUUUCUGUACCGCCAAGUCCCACGUACCCGCCAGCGGGACCACCUGCAUUUCCAGCUGGGGACAGCAAGCCUGAACUCCCACUGACAGUGGCCAUUAGGCCCUUCCUGGCCGAUAAAGGAUCAAGGCCACAGUCUCCCAGGAAAGGACCCCAGACAGUGAAUUCAAGUUCCAUAUACUCCAUGUACCUCCAGCAAGCCACACCACCUAAGAAUUACCAGCCGGCAGCACACAGCGCCUUAAAUAAGUCAGUUAAAGCAGUGUAUGGUAAGCCUGUUUUACCUUCGGGUUCAACAUCUCCAUCGCCACUGCCGUUUCUUCACGGGUCGCUGUCCACGGGCACACCACAGCCUCAGCCACCCUCAGAAAGUGCUGAGAAAGAGCCCGAGCAGGACGGCCCCGCCGCCCCCACAGAUGGCAGCACCGUGGAGAGCCUGCCACGGCCACUCAGCCCCACCAAGCUCACGCCCAUCGUGCAUUCGCCACUGCGCUACCAGAGUGACGCGGACCUGGAGGCCCUCCGCCGGAAGCUGGCCAACGCGCCCCGGCCCCUGAAGAAACGCAGCUCCAUCACAGAGCCCGAGGGCCCCGGCGGGCCCAACAUCCAGAAGCUGCUGUACCAGCGCUUCAACACCCUCGCCGGCGGCAUGGAGGGCACCCCUUUCUACCAGCCCAGCCCCUCCCAGGACUUCAUGGGCACCUUGGCCGAUGUGGACAAUGGAAACACCAAUGCCAAUGGAAACCUGGAAGAGCCCCCCCCUGCCCAGCCUACAGCCCCACUCCCCGCCGAGCCUGCCCCGUCGUCAGAUGCCAAUGAUAAUGAGUUACCUUCCCCCGAACCAGAGGAGCUCAUCUGUCCGCAAACCACCUACCAAACUGCCGAGCCGGCGGAGGACAAUAACAACAAUGUGGCCACGGUCCCCUCCACGGAGCAGAUCCCAAGUCCUGUGGUCGAGGCCCCAUCUCCAGGGGAAGAGCAGGUCCCUCCAGCACCUCUUCCCCCUGCCAGCCACCCUCCUGCCACCUCCACGAGCAAGCGGACCAACUUGAAGAAGCCCAACUCGGAGCGGACAGGGCAUGGGCUGAGAGUCCGGUUUAACCCCCUGGCACUGCUUCUAGACGCAUCUCUGGAAGGAGAGUUCGAUCUAGUGCAGAGGAUCAUCUACGAGGUGGAAGAUCCCAGCAAGCCCAACGAUGAAGGGAUCACCCCACUGCACAACGCCGUCUGCGCUGGCCACCAUCACAUCGUGAAGUUCCUGUUGGACUUUGGCGUCAACGUGAAUGCUGCUGAUAGUGAUGGAUGGACGCCGCUGCACUGCGCUGCCUCUUGUAACAGCGUUCACCUCUGCAAACAGCUGGUGGAGAGUGGUGCCGCCAUUUUUGCCUCAACCAUAAGCGACAUUGAAACUGCUGCAGACAAGUGUGAGGAGAUGGAGGAAGGCUACAUCCAGUGCUCCCAGUUUCUAUACGGGGUGCAGGAAAAGCUGGGUGUGAUGAACAAAGGUGUGGUGUAUGCUCUGUGGGACUACGAGGCCCAGAACAGUGAUGAGCUGUCCUUCCACGAAGGGGACGCCCUCACCAUCCUGAGGCGCAAGGACGAAAGCGAGACUGAGUGGUGGUGGGCUCGCCUUGGAGACCGGGAGGGCUAUGUGCCCAAAAACCUGCUGGGGCUGUAUCCACGGAUCAAACCCCGACAGCGAACGCUCGCCUGAACUUCCUUUUGGAGCACCGCAUGGUCUUGCCAGCUACCAGGAGCCACUGAAGAGAUUAUUGUGCCGUUUUCCCAGGAAAGCUGAAGCUAGAAAAUGGUCUUAAUGGUGCUCACUUCAGCAGACAGCGUCCACAAUGUGAAUCCUACAGUUUCCAGGUGAGGCCCUUUCUCCAGUUUGCCCAUAACUGGGAGAGGUACUUUCGCCUCCAAGGACUGAAUUUUGCCAAUUACUAUAAAUCCAAAUAAAUACCCGCUUUCAAAACACCCACCCCUCUUGCCGUUAAGAAGGUCCCAUAACCCCUGGUUGGUUGCCAGUGAAGACAGCUCUUACUGAGUUGGCCCCAAGGCCAUCACCCCCUCCAGCAGUGAACACUGUCCGUGGCUGUGAGGCCUGCUCCCCUGCGACAGCCCUGCCUCCUGUCACCGAAUCGGACACUCAUCCUUUCUCACACUCCCCACACACGAUCCUUCUUCCUCCCUUCAUCACCAAAGGAGCCUCUGUAUGGAAACGUGUCCAGUGUUGCUGCCCAACGUGUAUGCCUCCCAGCAGCCACUCUGCCUGGCCGCCUUGGGGGUUCUGCUUCCUGUUCCAGUUCACCUAAAGGCUGAUUGUGCAGGCCCAGCACUGUGGCUGGACUGCCACGCCACGGGCACCAGGACCCCUAAGACCAAGUGACAAUCGGAAGAGCCUCAGCGUAUACUCUUCUCCUGUGAUUUUACAGCCUCUCAUGCUGCUCAGUGUGGUUCUCAGCCCUGCAAGCUCAAAUUCAGUUCUCUGAAUGGAGUCAGGUGCUGGAGGCCGUGGCAGCGGAGGGUAGUCAGGGUUGGGGCUGGGGGUGGACUGGCGUGAGGGCAGACCAGGGCCAGGUAGAUGGGGCUGUUUGGUGUCUGAAGGAUGGCAGGUGCCUGGCAUCAGGAGGGGCCGCCACCAAGGGGCAGCAGCUGGGGCAGAGGAGAUGGGGUCAGGGGCCACCCCCCUCUGCUGAUCUCCCUGCCUGGGCUGGCUGUGAGGACGCCACCUUUGUCCCAGGCCCAGCCUCGAGGCGAGGAGGAUGCUUCACUGCGGUGUGAAUUGUACGUACAGGCUUUUUAUAUACCAAAAGUAUUUUUUGACUAGACCAUUCAAAGCUACCCGAACUAUGUUGGAAAUUUUUUUCCUCAUUAAAAUACAGGCCCUUAGGCUCUAUUUUUCAUGUAUGAGUCUUGUGUGUAAUUUAUGUAUAAAUGUGUGUAUAGAGUCACUGAUGCAGCACUGUAGCCCAUCACCCUGGAGCAUUGACUGUACAUAGUGUGGUGAAGAAAACUGAAUGCCAUUGUAGAGCAGCCCGGCCACAGGAGCGUGGCCACUGCCACCCGACGCUGCUGACGCUGUGUAAAUGUGCACAAUAAACCCGUCUCACCCCGGC